AUGGUCAGUCCUUGGCCAUUCGCCCAAUGGGGACUUGACCUCAUUGGACCUAUGCCUGAGGGCAAGGGCCAAGUCAAGUAUGCAGUUGUAGCUGUGGACUACUUCACCAAGUGGGCUGAAGCUGAGGCCUUAGCCACCAUCACUGCAGCCCGCAUCGAAACUUUUGUUUGGCAAAACAUCGUAUGUCGCUUCAGCAUCCCCAACACCAUCGUCACGGACAAUGGCCGACAAUUUGACAAUGCCAAGUUCAAACAAUUUUGUUCCAACCUCAAGAUACGUCUUUGCUUCGCCUCCCUAGCCCAUCCUCAAUCUAAUGGCCAGGUGGAAGCCGUGAACAAGAUCAUCAAGAAAACUCUAAAAACCAAGCUUGACAAAGCUAAGGGUUGCUGGCCAGAGCUACUCCCAGAGGUUCUCUGGUCCUACCGCACCACCUUCCGUGCCUUAACAGGAGAAACACCGUUCUCCCUUUCCUUUGAUACUGAAGCCAUGUCACUAGUGGAGAUUGGCCAGCCCAAAUAUCGAACCUCCACUUAUGAGGCCGAAGCCAAUGACGAGCAGCUAGCCCUGAACCUUGACUUCAUUGACGACCUUCGUGACCAAUCCAACAUGCGCAAUGUCGCGUACAAACAGCACAUCGCUAAGUAUUACGACUCCCGAGUCAAGCCCCGUGCUUUCAAACUUGGGGACUGGGUCAUGCGCAAGGUUUUCUUGGCCACUAAGAAUCGCACUGAAGGUACCUUAGGACCUACGUGGGAAGGUCCUUAUGAGGUUACCAAACUCUGCCGACCCGGCGCAUAUCAGCUUCACGAUCCCAAGGGCAAGACCUUGCCACAUCCUUGGAAUGCUGCUCAUCUCAAAUACUUCUAUAAGUAA